UCGGCACAGCGUGCUUUCAAUUGGGCCCAUGCCAUGGGCGAGCAACUGGCGUCCUCAUGGUGGCGCGUCAGAGAUGUUUACGACAUGCUCUGGAAGAUGGUCAUCCGGCCUCCCAGAGAUCUGUACACAGAGGAAGAACUCGGGCCAGACAAAUUUCGUCUUGGCAAGAAGGUCUUCAUUCGAAGGGAUUUGGAGCUCACCAGCAGCCGAGGACAGCUGAAAUGCAGCCACUUCUUGCCUGCCAAAGGGACCUCCGAGGCAAGACCCUGCGUGGUCUAUUUACAUGGCAACUGUUCCUCCCGACUGGAGGCCUUUGACGCGUUGCCGGUGCUGCUGCCGCAAGACGUCUCGGUGUUUUCCAUGGAUUUGUCAGGAUCUGGCAGGUCUGAUGGGGAGUACAUCUCAUUGGGCUACCAUGAGG